AUGUACACUCGUUUCCUGUUUUAUCUUCUCUUUUUGGCUAGCAAUUGCUUUGCGUUGAAUGAAGGUGGCCCAGGACCUGUGAUGUCUGGCUCAGGAAACGUAAAUACGGGUGAUGUAUCACCCCUUCAAGGAGGCCCCGGACCAGCGCUACCGCCAAACAAUGCUGGAGGCCCCGGACCAGCGCUACCGCCAAACAAUGCUGGUAAGUUUGAAGAAUUGUGCUUAUGUGUCGAUAAUGUUUCAUGGUUUGAUUGCAUCUAUGUUAUGUUGAAUGUAGAUCAAGAAUAUUUCGUUGAAGACAGUAGUUUAGGACCAGCAAUACAUCCAACGAAUCCCAAUGAAUGAGGCCCCGGACCAGCGCUACCGCCAAACAAUGCUGGUGGACCGGGUCCAGUUGUUAGUGGCUCAGGCUCCGGUAAGGUAAAAAGGGAUAAUGGAAAAACGGAUCAUUCAAAAGAGAAAGGGGGUCCGACGCCUUUUUCGAGUGGUCCAGCCCUUGGAAGGCAUGGCCUUGAAGAGGGACCAUUGAGAAUGCCUUUUAUUGGUGGUCCUGGUCCGAUAAUCAGUGGUUCCGGUAUCGGUAACGUGUGGCAAAAGGCAAACGAAGAAGCUGCCAAAAUGCAUCAUCAUUGA